ACCCACGUCAGCACAGUGCUUCAGUUGCUCUAACCGGGUUUCGGUCUUUAGGGCUGAACAGGAAGUGCCUGACUGUGGACCCUUGACGAGAAAAAAAGAGCAAAGAGAAAACGCAAAACAAAUUAAAAUGGAUAUGGUGGCGGACAUGGGGGCGAGUAGGCUGUAUCGGGCGCCGGGUGAAUCGAGUCACCAGCAGCCUCAGAGGUGGUUCAACACCGCUGACAUCACAGUGGCUCACCAAAGCAACCUGCUGAAGCAGUUAAACCAACAGCGCCGCCAAGAGCUUUUCUGUGACUGCAAUGUGUUGGUGGAGGGCCAGCUCUUCAGGGCCCACCGCAACGUCUUGUUUGCCAGCAGUGGCUACUUUCGCAUGCUGCUGUCCCAAGGGCCGGAUGGGCUGUCCGACUCUGUCAAUGCCACCUUCGAUGUCUUCAGCCCUGAAACUUUCACUGUCAUUUUAGAUUUUAUCUAUUCUGGGCAGCUUGACCUCUCCAGUCACAAUGUGAUUGAGGUGAUGUCUGCAGCCAGCUAUUUGCAGAUGAACAAUGUCAUCAACUACUGUAAGAACUUCAUCAAAUCCUCCUUGGAUAUCAGUGUGAAAGAUGAAGAUAGUGAACGCUGCCUUGGUUUGUCUGAGACCUGCAGUUUCACUAGUGGAACAGGAGAAGAGACGUCAGAGCAGCAGCAGCAGGGCCCCUGCUCUGUCAGCCCCCCACCAGCGCUCUGGACAAGAGACAACUCUAGAUCCCAGUCUGGCUUUAUGGGGAAAGACUCAGACCAAGAGGCAUUGAUCUCAGCCCCAAAGACUAACCCAAGUAGCCCCACUGAUGACCUCAAUGUAGAGGCAGAUGAGCUGCAGGACCCUGAGGAUCCUCUGUACACUUUGCCUGGGUCAGAGCGCCGGCGAGGCAAAGGAGGAACCAAGAGGAAAGCACCACAUGGCACCCGCUCCAACCAACAUGAAGAUGUAGCCAUCCAGGAGGCAAGGACACAGAAAGCAGAAAAGGCAGAGGAGCUAUAUGCUACUCUACCAUCUAUUGUGGGCGUUAUUGGACAUUUUAAUAAAGACUCCAACCCCUCUAUGCGGUUUAAAUGCCCAUUCUGCACACACACAGUGAAGAGAAAGGCAGAUCUGAAGCGGCACUUGCGCUGUCACACAGGGGAGAGACCAUAUCCCUGUCAGGCCUGCAACAAACGCUUUACUCGCCUGGAGCAUCUUCGUAGCCAUUUUGAAACGAUCCAUCAAGCCAGGAAGCUGGUGUGCAGGAAGUGUAAGUGUCAGGUGACAGAGGAAACGGGUCAUGUGGUGUGUGAGGGCACAAGACGCUAUCGCAUAUGCACCACAUGCAUUCAGGAAGUGGGUUGUGACGAGAUGCCCAUGGACAGUCUAGAUGGAACAAAUGAAGAGCCAGCCCUGUUGCUGGGGGUGGAUGGGGAGGAGGAGGGGGACACCAAGGGCAGCUGGAUGGUAACUGAUGACGAUGACCUGGCUGAAGACUCGGGGGCUGACCUCAUCAUUCAACAAGUGGACGACAGUGAUGAAGAGUUGGAAUGAAUUGAAACCAAAGUGUGUGCAGAAGCUAGCAGGAAUAUUGAGUGUGUGCUCAUAGCCAUGCAAGAGAAUUUAUGCAUAAAAUACUGUAUGUGA